AUGAUCAAGAAGAGGGCAAUGUGGCUUUAUCCGAGGGCGGCGGGCUUCAACCCCUCAGAGAGGUGGGGGCACUCCGCCUGCUGCUCUGAUGGCGUCCUCUACGUCUUCGGGGUGAGUACGUUCUCACUGUAGCUCAUUCUCUCCCCUCCCUCUCUCUCUCUCUCUCUCUCGCUAACCUGAAGAAAGAUGAUCGAUGAUCUCAACGCAUGAUUAUUAUCUGUUUCGUCUCUUUCCCUGCCUCUCCUUUAUAUUUUUUUUGUCCAGUGAUUCGAAAGGGGAGAAAAAGGUUUGAUCUUUAUCCAUUUCCAUUGGACUAUUUCACUGGUUCUCUGCGAAAAUUCAUCGUAGUCCUCGUUGUUCACCGUUGAAUCUGAAUCUGGUUGGGGGCGGUAGGGUUGCUGCGGGGGGACGCAUUUCGGGGACGUGGUGGCGCUGGACCUGAAGAGGAUGGAGUGGAGCGCCGUCGCCACCUCCGGCGAGCGGCCGGGGGCGAGGGACAGCCACAGCGCGGCGGUCGUCGGCGAGCGGAUGGUGGUCUUCGGGGGCACGAACGGGGCGAGGAAGGUGAACGACCUCCAUGUUCUGGAUCUGAGGACCAUGGAGUGGAGCAGGCCGAGUUGCAGAGGGGCGGCGCCGCCGCCGAGGGAGAGCCACACGGCCACCGCCGUGGGGGAGGGUAAGCUGGUGGUGUUCGGGGGGAGCGGGGAGGGGGAGGGGAACUACCUGAACGACGUGCACGUACUGGACGUGGAGAGGAUGGAGUGGACCUCGCCGGAGGUUAGGGGGGAGCUGCCGGUGGCGAGGGACAGCCACGCCGCCUUUGCCGUUGGCAGGCGCUUCUUCGUCUACGGCGGCGACUGCGGCGACCGCUACCACGGCGAGGUCGACGUCCUCGACCUCGAUUCCUUCACUUGGUCCAGGGUCUGCUCUCUCUCUCUCUCUCUCUCUCUCUCUCUCUCUCUCUCUCUCAGGGAGUCUGUGUUUCUCUAUCUUCUGUGUAGCUGGCCGUCCAUGGAGCUUCGCCGGGGGUCAGAGCUGGCCACGCCGUCGUAAACAUCGGCUCCAAGGCAAGUCAACUCUUUCAGAGUGAGAAAGAUUGAGAGAGAGAGAGAGAGAGCUCCGGUGCCUUUGGUUUUCUUCUUACUGUUGCUCCGCCGCUGGCCUCGUCCCCGCAGGUGUACAUCAUCGGCGGCGUCGGUGACAAGCGCUACUACGGUGACGUUUGGGUCCUCGACGUGGCAGCUCCCUCUUGGACCCAGCUCCAUGUCCGCGGCCGCCGUCCGCAGGGCCGCUUCUCCCACGCGGCCGCCCUCGCCGGCGACGACAUCGCCAUUUACGGAGGGUAACUUACCAAAAAGAACCACCCUUCCUCGACGAUUAUGGAAAUUUUUCAUGCUUAUCCUCUCUUUCUCUCUCUCUCUCGCUUCUCUGAUGGCGGGGCCGCCGUUGGGCAGCUGCGGGGAGGACGAGCGGCCGCUGAACGAGCUGGUGAUCCUGCAGCUGGGGGUCGCCGUUGACCACCGUAACGGUCGCUGUAACGUGUCUCUUUGCAAGGGCCUCAGCAGCCACUGGAACCAGGAGAGGCGGCGGUUCCUGAGAGGGGCGGCCGAACUGGUGAGUGGAAUUAGAGUUCCGAGCUUCGACGGGGAGGAUCCCAUGGGACUGAUUCGGGUUCUGCAGAAGAACGCGGUGGCGGCGGCGGAGCCGGAGCUCUCUCUCUCCAGCGGCGGCGGCGGCGGCGGCGUCGCCGGGAGGCCGCUGGUGAAGAGAAGGAAGGGCGGCGGCGAGCCGAGGGCAGAGCAGGAGGAGCACUCGCUCUCCCUCUCCCAGCACUCCUCGCCGUCUCGGUCGGACCAGGAGCAGACCAACGCCGCCCACAACCCGGCGGCGCCGCCCGGCGACCUUUCAACCGUUGCGGCGGCGCUCUGCCAGCACCGGGCGGCCUUCGAGUUUCAGCGCCCUGCGUACCGCUGCCACAACUGUGAGUCGCCGCCAAAUUUAGAGCGACUCCCCCCCUUCGCCAUUCAUGGCAUGGCGGCGCGGCCAGCACCUCCUCUCCUAGUAAGCCGGAAACCUCCUCCUCUCCAUGAAAUCCAGGUUGACUUGGCUAUUAAUGGUGGGAUCAUGUGGCUGUGUUGUUGAAGAUGGGGGCGGAGGUCUACGGGACGGUGGACGGGGCCUUUGAUUCCGGGUUCCUGAUGACGGCGAGCGUCAACGGGCAGAUAUUCCGAGGGGUCCUCUUCGCUCCGGUGAGCUCCCCACUCCAUCUUUCUACUUCCGGAAAAACCCUGACUGGAUUCUGACGCCGCCGUCUGAAUAUGGAGCAGGCGGCGGCUCGUUUCCAGAAUCAACCAAUGGCGGCGCUGGCGGCGCCGCCGGAAACCAGCCGCCGCGCCGCCCAGCCCGUGAAAACCUGCCCUCCCAGGGCCAGCGGCGACAUGCCGGGCCUCGUCCUCACUCUCGGUGGUUCCGUCGGAGGGAGCUGA